AUGGAUCCUCAAAACCCGUUGAGCAACAUCACGCUGGCUAUGUUUGAGCCUGAAAGGAACUGUACUGCAGCUGGCGCCUUCGCUGCUCACCUUCAACGCUCUCAGGGCAAAGACAGCUUUCAAGUGAGAACGCUUCGAGAGUUCAUUCUUUUUUGUAGCAACACGACAAUUAGGAAUUUCACAGACGGCAACGCCAUUGACUGGUACCGCUAUACCGACGCUAUUUCUCCCGGUACAUUCAACGACUUCUCAUUCUACAUCCAGCACAAAACACCUCUUUGCCGGGAAAAGUUUUGCGAGAACAUAGAGUUUGUAGGCAAUCCGGACGUUACUGGCAUCGGCAUGUAUUCGACUUAUAUCCUACAGGCCAUUUUGGCUACGAUCUUCCUCUUCAUCUACGGUUAUCAAGACCUUAUAACUAUACUUGAAGAGCUCCCAGGACACUCAGCAACCAAGCAGGAGCAGCUACCAGAGCAGGAGCAGCUACCAGAGCAAACCGUCUUCUUUGCUGUCUAUCGGAAACCCCUAGACUCGUCACUGAAAAUAUUCUGGUCCUCGUCUCUAUAUUUUGGUUUCGCUACGAUUGUUGCAUCUUAUGUGUAUACUUAUGGUACCAUGUCAGGUAACGACAGCACUGGCUACACGUAUACGGAGCGGGUCUCCUCUUAUGCAAUGGUAUUGUGCAUCGAGGUGAUCUAUAUCCUCAGUCCGUACCGCUUCCAGUCUUCCUAUUCCCAGAGCCGUCGGGAAUAUCACAUGCCGUUAUUAUGGCUGUUCAUUUCGCCGUCUGUUGCUACCUUCGUCUUUAUGUUGUUGUUAUCUUUCGAUUCCUUCGAUCAUGGAAUUCUGGACCCAGAAAGCUCUUGCGUCCCCUACCCGGAGGUCGAAUCGCCCGGUUGGUCUAUAGGCGAUAACAUUCUUUUAACUUCACUCAUGUUCGCCAUAUCUCCUAUGUUAAUCGUCAUGGGGUUGGUGGUUCGGAGAUGGCUGCUCUGGGGUAACCGGGAGAAAGAGUUGGGACCACAGUGGAUUAAGAGGUUGUCAUAUUUUUGGCCAAUGUACAGGCUCAUCCUUGCCGUUUUGGGCCUUGUUAAAGUGUGGAUUCUCAUAAACGAAAUCACUGCUAUACGACGGUCUUUAACUCAAUUCGCCGGUCAUUCCUUUCCAGACAACGUUUGGGGUUUCGGUCAAAUCGCCGCCGUCAUGGGAUGGCUACCAAUGCUUGUCGAGUUCUUUUGGGCGUGGGAGGUGAAACACAAAGUCGUUGACCCGGUCGCUUUAUUCCUGCGUCAUGAACUUGAGAAACACAGGAGCUCGCGAUACGCCCUCCAUAUCCUACGUCUUCUAUACGUGGAGAGCCUGCGAUACGCCCUCCAUAUCCUACAUCUCCUAUACGUGGAGAGCUUGCCACUUCUUUCACGGACAACUCCAAACCAGGAGCAAUCUCAAGACAUCGAGAGUGGUCGCGCGGGGUUCGAAACCGAAACGGAUAGUGCAACUGGUCGGGAGCAAUCUCAAGACAUCGAGAGUAACCGCGCGGGGUUCGAAACCGAAACGGAUAGUGCAACUGGUCUGGUCGAAGGUACCUCUAGAUACGUCUACCGCCGCCGAGAGGUGUCAAGCACUUGGUACCUCUAAAACAAACAGUACUGGCC